AUGUCGUGGCACAAAGAUGAAGCUCCGCUCGCGACGGGUUACUGGGGGCCUAUCACAUCCACACUUGUCUGGUGCGAGGAAAAGUACCGCUGGUCACGUUACGUCGCUGAGCCGAUCAAUACGGCGACCAACGCGUUCUUCAUUGGGCUCUCGCUGUAUGGCUACCACGUCACGCGGCGCGAACGGCUUGCUCUGCGGUAUUCGAUAUGCCACCUGGGCGUUGCGCUUGUGGGGUUCGGGUCGGCGCUAUUUCACGGGACGUUGCUGUAUUGGACGCAGUUGCUGGAUGAAUUGCCAAUGAUCUACACGUCGGCGUGGUUGACGUACUGCGUUUGCGAGACGAGCAAGGGUUAUGGAAAUCCAAGGUUCAGAUUGCUUCUACCGACGACGUUGAUAGUCUUGGUGGUAUGGAUUACCGUCGUAUAUGCAUGGAACGGCAAUCCCGUCUUUCACCAAGUCGCCUACGCCUCGAUCCAAGUCGUAUCCACCCUGCGCGUCAUCCACCUCCUCCGUCACAGCGCGCAACUCAACUCGGCCUCCGGAAAGUCGUACAAAUCCGAUAUCCAAUCUCUCUACCUGUUUGGUGCUACCAUCUUCCUCACUGGGUUCGCCAUCUGGAACAUCGACAACAUCUUUUGCUAUCAACUCCGACUGUGGAGGUCCAAAAUCGGGUAUCCAGCUGCCAUCUUGCUCGAGGGUCACGGUUGGUGGCACCUCUUGACAGGCUGGGGCGCAUACUGCUUAAUCACCGCCGGAACUCAACUGGCGGUGAGCGAAAAGGAGGGCAUGACCAACUUUCGUUUGCAGAAAGGCUGCUUCCCUGUUGUUCGCAGGCUGAACGACUACCAACCGUCUCGCCAAAGCACGAAGAAGAAGAUCUGA